UCUAAUAUGGUUAAUGCAGGAAACAUGAAUGGUUCUGGAAAUCUGAUGGAUUUUUUAGACGAACCUUUUCCUGAUGUUGGCACUUAUGAAGACUUUCAUACCAUUGAUUGGUUAAGGGAAAAAUCUCGGGAUACAGACAGACAUAGGAAGAUUACAAAUAAAAGCAAGGAGUCCAUAUGGGAAUUCAUCAAAAGUUUAUUGGAUGCUUGGUCAGGAUGGGUUGUUAUGUUACUUAUAGGAUUGCUGGCAGGCACAUUGGCUGGAGUGAUAGAUUUAGCAGUGGACUGGAUGACUGAUUUGAAAGAAGGAGUCUGUUUAGAAGCCUUUUGGUAUAGUCAUGAGCAGUGUUGCUGGACAUCCAAUGAAACUACUUUUGAAGACCGGGACAAAUGUCCUCAGUGGCAAAAGUGGUCUGAACUUUUAGUUAAUGAAUCUGAGGGUGCCAGUGCUUACAUUCUAAAUUACUUCCUAUAUAUCUUAUGGGCAUUGUUGUUUGUUUUCCUGGCUGUCUCCCUUGUGAGGGUGUUUGCUCCUUAUGCCUGUGGAUCUGGAAUUCCAGAGAUAAAGACCAUCUUAAGUGGCUUCAUUAUUCGAGGAUACCUAGGCAAGUGGACGCUCUUAAUCAAAACUGUAACUUUAGUUCUGGUGGUAUCCUCAGGACUCAGUCUUGGCAAAGAAGGGCCUCUCGUGCAUGUAGCCUGCUGCUGUGGCAAUUGCUUUAGCAGCCUCUUCUCCAAGUAUAGCAAGAAUGAAGGAAAAAGGAGAGAGGUGCUGUCAGCUGCAGCUGCUGCUGGUGUCUCUGUUGCCUUUGGCGCACCCAUUGGGGGGGUCCUUUUUAGUUUAGAAGAGGUGAGUUAUUAUUUUCCCUUGAAGACUCUCUGGAGAUCUUUCUUUGCUGCACUUGUGGCAGCCUUUACCCUGAGAUCCAUCAACCCAUUUGGAAACAGCCGCUUGGUUCUCUUUUAUGUGGAAUAUCACACCCCUUGGUACAUGGCUGAACUUUUCCCCUUUAUAUUGCUUGGAGUUUUUGGAGGAUUGUGGGGGACACUUUUUAUUCGAUGCAACAUUGCAUGGUGCAGGAGGCGUAAAACUACCAGGCUAGGAAAGUAUCCAGUCUUAGAGGUCAUCGCAGUCACUGCCAUAACUGCUAUUAUUGCCUAUCCCAAUCCUUACACCCGAAGGAGCACCAGUGAGCUCAUCUCUGAACUUUUCAAUGACUGUGGAGCCUUGGAGUCGUCGCAACUCUGUGACUACAUAAACGAUCCCAACAUGACUAGACCCGUGGAUGAUAUUCCCGACAGACCAGCUGGUGCAGGAGUAUACAUGGCUAUGUGGCAGCUAGCUCUAGCUCUGGUUUUUAAAAUCAUCAUUACCAUAUUCACUUUUGGCAUGAAGAUUCCUUCAGGUCUCUUUAUACCCAGCAUGGCUGUAGGAGCAAUAGCUGGUAGAAUUGUUGGAAUCGGUGUGGAACAGUUGGCCUACCAUCAUCACGACUGGAUCAUCUUCAGAAACUGGUGUAGACCAGGAGCUGAUUGUGUUACUCCAGGACUAUAUGCAAUGGUGGGAGCUGCUGCGUGCUUAGGUGGAGUUACCAGAAUGACUGUCUCGCUUGUCGUAAUCAUGUUUGAAUUAACAGGAGGACUAGAGUAUAUUGUGCCUCUUAUGGCUGCAGCUGUGACUAGCAAGUGGGUUGCGGAUGCUUUUGGCAAAGAAGGGAUCUAUGAGGCACAUAUCCAUUUGAAUGGCUAUCCAUUUCUGGAUGUAAAAGAUGAAUUUACCCACAGAACACUGGCUACGGAUGUUAUGAGGCCCAGGCGUGGAGAACCUCCCCUUUCUGUCUUGACCCAAGACAGCAUGACUGUGGAAGAUGUGGAGACAUUAAUCAAGGAAACAGACUACAAUGGCUUUCCAGUGGUGGUUUCUAAAGAGCGUCUUAUUGGCUUUGCACAGAGACGGGACUUGAUUCUUGCAAUAAAAAAUGCAAGGCAGCGCCAAGAUGGUGUAGUAAGCAAUUCAAUUGUAUAUUUUACUGAAGAGCCUCCAGAGGUCCCUGCCGAUAGCCCUUAUAUGCUGAAACUCCGGCGUAUUUUGAAUCUGAGCCCCUUCACUGUCACGGACCACACACCAAUGGAAACAGUGGUAGACAUUUUCCGAAAACUUGGACUCAGGCAGUGUCUUGUCACACGCAGUGGGAGGCUCCUGGGCAUUAUCACUAAAAAGGACGUGUUAAGGCAUAUGGCUCAAAUGGCAAAUCAAGAUCCUGAAUCCAUCAUGUUUAAUUAGGCUGUUCCCAGCAGAAAGGCCCAAAACUUAAAGAAAAGAUUCUUACUGAACUGAUUGAAAGGAAU